UUAUUUAAGUAUAAACGCAUAUAGUUACAGUGUCGGACUCGGUGUCAGACAUUUUCGUUUUGGUAAUAUGAACGUGACUGCUGCAAUAGUCCUGUUGUUUGUAAUCCAGUUGUUCCAUUAUGCUCAGUUUCUAAUAUUCAAUCGAAAAGAUGACGAUACUUCGAAUGAGAUCAACGACACUUCCCGAGAAGAGAUCAAACAGAGAUAUUUUGUCAAUGGAUCCGAGUUGGAUUUCCUCUAUUGGAACUCUAUUCUCGGAAAUGAUAAACCAAUAGAAAUUGAAUUUGGUAACGAAUCAAGUGUACUCGACUAUUGGAUUGACGAUUACCCUUUAAAAGUCAUUACUCACGGAUGGCUUGCGUCAGACGAUAAUUUCACUGGAGUGUUUACCAUUAAAACCGCAUAUGUCGAUGCUGGAGGGUACAACGUGAUAUCGGUGGAUUGGAGUAAUAUCGCAAAAAAUAUCAUCUAUCACAAACCGGCUAUCAUGACCGCACCCGUGGGUAAUGUGAUCGCCGAAUUUUUGGAUCGUAUGGUCGCAUACACAGGGACACAAGCGUCGGACAUACAUUUAAUAGGUCACAGUCUCGGUGCCCACGUCAUGGGGUCUUGCGGUUCUAAUUUUAAGUCGGGAAAAAUCGGCAGAAUCACCGGUCUCGAUCCAGCCGCCUUGGGGUUUGAGUUUAUUCCUUUCCAGAAUGAACGCUUGAGCAUAGACGAUGCCGACUUUGUGGACGUGAUACACACGACCGGAGGGACUCUUGGCGUUAUGGAAAGUUUAGGCCACGCCGAUUUCUAUCCCAACGGCGGAAAAGCACCCCAACCGGGAUAUGAAGUCUUGUUCAGGAUGAUAGGGCCCAUAAUUGGCAGUCAUUCGAGAGCGUACCAUCUCUAUGCUGACUCAGUGUACUAUAGAAAAUCUUUAGUCGCGACACAAUGCGAUACAUGGUCGGCCUUUAAGUCGGACGAGUGUGUAAACAACUCUAAAAUUUUGAUGGGACACGACGCAAUAAACAGUGCUCGGGGUGAUUUCUACUUGAAGACCAACCGAUCGAGUCCUUUUGGUAUUUAUUAAGUUUAUAUAUUACUACCUAUGCAAUAUAUUAUAACCAACAUGCACUAGAUAUAAUAUGGAUACGUUCAAACUUCAAAACAUGUCAUAUUAUGAUAAUCACCUGUCGAGGUACAUGCGAUAAAUACUAUUUUUUUGUUGCUUGUACAUAAUAUAGUUAUACGCUAAUAAACAAACAAACAAUAUUUAUUCAUAUUAUAAUA